AUGGCCGAACCAACUAUUAUUCCUUUUGAGUUCAAGGGUCGUAAGUACAACCUCCGACCACUAUCACCAUCACAAGUAUGUGUGGCACAUCGACAAAUGAAGAGUUUGCAAGGAAACAAAAGAAAAGAGAAGGAACCCAUGGGUAGAGGGGAGGAACCCAAGAGUGGGAGGAGUGAGGGUGAAGAGGGAGUUUUAGCAUUGAGGGGUAAGGAUUCGAUGGUAAUGUUGGCUCGCAAGGGCGACGUUUUCAAAAAGUAUGAUAAUACUACUCCAAUGCUACUUUUGGCUCAUGUUUUGAAUGCUAACCCAUCCACUUCUCCUAUCCCGUCUUUUAUUUCUAAUGUUUUGCAGAAAUUUGAUGAUGUAUUUCCAAGGGAGCUGCCCCAAGGACUUCCUCCACUUCGAGAAAUUGAGCACCAAAUUGACCUUGUUCAGGGGUCGCAAUUACCAAACAAGCCGACUUAUAGGAGCAACCCCACUAAUACAAAUGAACUCCAAUGGCAAGUUGAAGACCUUCUUAACAAAGGAUACAUCAAGAAAAGCAUGAGCCCGUGCGCGGUCCCGGUGUUGCUUGUGUCGAAGAAGGAUGGGAUGUGGUGA